AUGGUCCAAAUCACCUCCCUCCUCCUCGCCACCGCCGCCUUCCUCAGUGCCGGCGUCUCCGCCCAAGUCCCCCACCACCCCUCCCCUCCCACCAACGCCUGCAACACCGGCGAAUUCUACUGCGGUGGUGAGCUCUUGGCCGGCCAAUACUACGACUACUGGAAGCUCCGCAUCGACAACGCCCUGCGGGCCGUCGGCCAAGUUCCCGACGGCACGCACGAGAGCGACUCGCUCUUCUAUUGCGCGAACGGAACCGCCGGCAGUGCGGUUCUCCAGUUCGACGAGUGGUGCAAGGCCAACGGCCGCCAGAACUGGGGCUGCCAGCCGCCUCAACGCGACCACUGCAAGACGAAUGUCGGGGGUGUUCUUGUUGAGAAGAAUUCUUGCUGCGAUGUUAACUAG